CCUGGUGAGAACGGAUCAAACAUAGUGUUCGGUCGACUGGAAGAGAACGCUGUCAGUAUAGUUAUCUUACUGUGAACAGGCAACAGUUGCUGGAAGUCCUACGCAGCUUAAGCAGCGCAACGUUUAUAUCUCUGCUGGCGGUUACCAUUGUAUGGCACAUCGUCCCGUCAGCGCAAUGUCUCGCCAAGAAUCUGAAAUGAUUAACCGUAGCCGCCGCGCCCUGUCCUCAGGAACUUUAACCGAUUCUAUCGAAAAACUACGACACAUGUGCCUUGCCCGUGGAGCCUCGGGCAUUCUGGGGUUGGGACGGUGCUUCCGCCGCAUGGAUGAUGAUGGAAACAAGCAACUAAAUCUGGAAGAGUUCGUCAAGGGCCUGCACGAUACUGGGUUGGACAUUUCGGUAGAGGAAGCGACGGAAAUGUUCAAUAAAUUUGACACCGAUGGCAGUGGUUCAAUCAAUAUGACCGAAUUUCUCAUUGCAAUCCGUCCAAACAUGUCGGAAUCCAGGAUCAACAUCGUAAAGCAGGCUUUUGCAAAGUUGGACAAAACCGGAGACGGAACGAUAACGAUUGAAGAUUUAAAGAAUGUAUAUUCGGUAAAGAACCAUCCUCUGUAUAUAAGCGGAGAGGAAACCGAGGACGUCAUCUUGCGAAAGUAUUUGGCAAACUUUGAGGAGAAUGGAAACGUGGACGGCUCCGUGACAAAAGAGGAGUUCCUCAACUACUAUGCCGGUUUGAGUGCCUCGAUCGAUUCGGAUGCAUAUUUUGAUCUGAUGAUGCGCCAGGCGUUCAAAUUGUAAACGUUGUUGUUAGGCGCAAACCGUCUAUUAUCGCUCGUUUUUUUUUGUACUCAGCAAGCAUCCUAUGUAUUAGAUUUAUUCUGAAAUCGGCGACCGAUACGAAACAAGUUUUGAACACACCUUAAACUUUACUGCCUUAGUGAUGAGGAUAACCAAAGUUGAGGGAGAAAACAAACGCUCGUAUCAAAUGUCCUUUGCUGCGAGUGAGCAAAAUAUGCAAAUGUUUUCCGAUUGUUAAAACACAAUUAAAUGCACCAGUGUUUCCUUAACGUUUAAUAAACAUACCGUCUUAUGUUCCGAGUGAAAU